UUUUUGAAGCAGUUGAAAGCUUCAAGGCUCCAUCUGGCCAUCGCUGUUCCUCAUCUCAGCGUCUUUCUUUCUUCCUUUGGGAUUGUUCCAACACGUGUUGAUCAUAAUGAUUGAUAAUGUGGUAUAACGAGUAGUCUUGUUCAGAACGCUGCAGUGCUCGUCUGUGCCGCUGAAUAGCAUUAAAAGUGGCCAGCAGGUGCCGCUGUGGAGCUCGCUGUGUCAGACUGUUUGGAAACCACGACACAAAUCUGUAUGAUACAAAGGCCAACUCACAGUCAGCUUUUAUCAGGCUUUUUUAUCAUAAAUAUAUUUGUACUCAUUCUUUUCUGAUGUUAUACUUAUAUAUAUGUAAAAGUGGAUUUUUGAAUCGCCUUCAUCAGCCGUGAGAAGAGAGAGAUGUGUCAUCUAAACCACAACUUCUCUACAGCUGAGUGCUGUCUGAGGGAGGAACAGAAGCUGUGGGUCUCCACAGAGGAGCUGUGAGAUGAAGCAACGGUAAUGAAAAGCUGUUUCAUCGGGCAUGUUUGUUGUGACCCAGAGUCCAGAUGUUUCUGUCAUGGAGGGAGAGACAGUAAACAUCACCUGCUGCUGGACAGGAACGUUUGAAAGAGUCAGAGUGAACUGGCUGAAAAAUCAAACAGUCAUUAAGAGCGAGAUCAACAUCUUUCAAUCUCACGGGUCUCUGAAAAAGGAGGCGAAGAACUGCUCAUAUUUCAACAUUUCAAACAUCAGAACAGAGGGUUCAGGAACAUACAUCUGUAAAGUGACUGUGGAGAUUCCAUCGUUAACUGAGUCUAAAGGAAGUGGGACCAUCAUCACAGUCAGAGAGAAGACCAAUGACACUGACUACAACAACCACACAGACUCCACUCCUUCAUCAUCGACUGUCAUCUUCAUCCUGAGGAGUCUGCCCUUCAUUCUUCUUGUUCUCAUCUUCUGCUGCUUUAGAAACAAGUGGACCACAUCACAGCGUCACGACACAGCUGCUGGGAGUGAAAGCAUUUCUGCCCACAGAGGAGACCAAGAAGAAGAAGAAGGAAGCAGUGAGAGAGGAAAAGUGGAAACACGGCUGUAGAAACUUUACAAACUUGUUCAGUGUUUUUGGUUUUGUGUUCAAUUUAUAUUUGAUUAUUCCAUAAACAUAAUGAACAACUGUCCCACAUAAUGUCAAACUGAAGCUGAAAUAGUUCCCAACAACAGGUUAUUCACUCACUUAAACACAUCCAGAGUGUAAUUCAAUAAUAAAUAUGAGCUUGUUUGAAUGA